GCGUUUAUGUUAAAAUUGAUGUGGUGUGUGGACCUUAUGAUAAUUCAUUUCAAUCAUAAAAUCCUAGCUAAUGUGUUAUCAUCAUGACCAGGACCAUACUUGGAAUUGGACAUUUUUGUGGUCUCCUCAAGCACUACCAAAUUCUCCUCCUCCUUCUCACUGGUGGGAGUCUUGAUCCAUACGUAGCAUCAUCACCUGGACGGAUCCAAAGUGGUGUGCGUUGCAGUGAUGAUAAUUACUUAUCCAAGUAUGAGCACUGCCGUCUCCACUCGCCUGGUGGUGUUUCCGGCUUGGAAUGUUUCAGGAAAGGCAGUUCUGGGAAAACCAAAUGUCUUUGGAGGCGUGGAGCAGCUGACGAGCAACAGGCAAACUUCACACUCAUCGUCCAGCAGAGGCCAGUCUCGAUAAAUUGCUGAAAUAAAUACAUAAAUUAAUAAAAGAACAGUCCAUCUGCAGUUGACUCACUGCUCUGGGAAAUAAAAAAUGUGGCUGAUUACAAAAGAAAAUGAAAAAAAAAGUGUUAACAAUUUUUCUGGCAUCCAUCAGAAAUGGCAGACACUGCAAAUUGUACAAGAACUUGAAGGAUACAAUCACCGACAUCCUAGUGUACCAAAAUGAAAACAUGACGGCUGAGAUUUUUGAACAGGUUGGAUCCAAAUGUUCCAAAGACAUCCUUAACGCGACCAUUCGCAACCUGAUGCGCUGUGGUCCCCCGGCUCAUGUCACCUUCAAGCGUCAUUCAGAAGGUCGCGUCAACGUUAACGCUCAGUGGAGUUUGGACGACGCCAAGCUCAUCGAGUCCGUCUGUGUGCGGCACAGAGAGGCCGCAGGCCACCAGCUGUAUGGCCAUGGACAUUGGCGGCAGACGUGUUGCCAGAGUGCCACUGGGUGUCAUCUGGCAGACAUUAUGGCCUCGCCGGUGCUUGAGGUUCAGGUGGCUUGCAAUGUCAGCAAAACCUGCUCUCAGUGUCCGUGGGGUCACCUUUACACACUCCCGCCAGCAGCACUGACGAGGCCUCCUGAAAACCUUCAUGUGGUGGAAGACAAGAUGGCCGACACAGGAGGACAAAGGAUGAUCUCACUGACGUGGAUGUUCUCCGAGGCACACGAUGGCUUUAAUGUGUCUGUAGCUAAGGCGUCAGGAGAGGGUGACCCGGAAAAUGUGAGCGUGCUGCGGCCGCCGGUCACGCUGCUGUUGUCUGCCUCAGUCUUCUACGCUAAUGUCAGCGCCUUCAACAGCGUCAGCGAGUCGCCAGUCUCCAGCAUCACGUUGACCCCACAGAACGAAGAUGCCAAUGAUGAAGAUGAUGAUAACAAUGGCAGUCAGCUGAAGGUGCUGGUACACAAUCAGACGUCUUUCAGUGUGUCAUGGGCGGACAACUUGGUCAGGAACUAUGAGUGCUUCUGUCUGGAAUGGGGCACCACCUAUGGACCUCAUCCACCCUAUUCAUCAUACAAGUCCUUCUAUAAGAAAAAGGGCACCAAAAACGUCUGGACCCUGGUCGAUAUCCCAGAUAAGCUUCAGAAAUACACCAGUUACGAUGUCCAGCUGCUUGUGCGUGACCAAAUCCCACCAUGCAACCUGAAGAAAGUCAACAACAGCCUGGAGUUCACCAGAGCUAGAACUCGCUUCUACUUCCAGGAAGGCUCUCCAGCCAGUUCUCCCACCAACAUCACCGUGGUGUCCAACACAUCAUCAUCCUUGACACUGCACUGGUCACCCAUCCCGCAAGUGGACCGGCGCGGAUUCUUGCUGGGCUACGUCAUCUAUUACGCAGAGCUUGAGCAGCUGGAGACAAACGUCACGGUGGGUCCUCGAUUCUGCAACUACACAUUAGAGGGCUUACGCAGCCAGGCAGUGUACAGGAUUCAGAUGUCAGGGUUGACACGGGCCGGGUCAGGCGUCCGGAGCGCCAUCAUUAUGGUCGAGACGAGGCAUGCUGGUCUCUCGAACCACACGGCACUUAUUAUCGCCUUCACCUUUGUCAUGCUGGCCUCCAUGUUGACAUUUCCACUUAUUAGAAGAGCCAAGGUGGUUUUUUGGCCCCAAAUUCCUAACCCUGAAAAAAGCAGAUCCAUGCAGAAACUCAGUGCACCCACACAGUUGCUCCUUCAGCCUGUUGACACCCUCACCCUGGAAGAACACGACGCGCUCAGUCUGCUCAUCGUAGAACUCCGAGUGCCACCUCCCGAGAACUCCCGUUCGGUCCGCGGGCUUUGCGCCACCGUCGAUGAGCAGAGAGCGGCCAACUCUCACGAUUUCCCUGUAGCCAGCGGCUACACCAGUUUGGAUGUCAUCCAGCAGCUGAUGAAAAUCAGAGACGAAGGACGCUCACGCGGGCAACUACGCGAUGCAGUCUAGCGUGGAUCGCAACAUUUGCAUAUGUUUGAUGGACAUGGAAACCGCGCAUUUGUCAUCGAUCGUUCUCCAGUCCUGCAGGGGGCGAUGCAUGAAGCACAAAAAAACGGCAUGUUUAAAAAACAUUUUUCUUUUACUAAAACAUCACAUCAAACACAAGCUUGUGAACAUGGAACAAUUUACACUCACUUCAGUGCUCUUUUGAAAAAUAGAACAAAGCCAACUCAUUUGUGGACUUUUGACCUACUGCUUCAUCUGUAGUAACCAAUGCUAGCGCUAGAUUCUAAGCAUGCUAAUAAUAUAUUUCUAUGACAAAAUUUUGUACAAUUGCAGCGUAGGCACUUUUUGUUCGCAUCACUUUCUUCUCGCACACUGGCAGAUGUUUCAGUUGUUUCACUGCGUCUCAAUAAA